AAUAGUUCAUACUCCAUGCAGACUAUCUUCCUAAGGGAUUUGGCAUGGUGGCCUACAUUCCCAAAGUUAAAGACCUUGAUACUUAAUGAGUGGUGUGUGUAUGAUGAUGUAACUGCCAUUGAGUGCCUUCUACGCCACACGCCAAGAUUGGAGAGCCUCAUUCUGCAACUUAAUUUUAAGAACCACCCUAAACUCCAGGUGGAAGGAGAAGGAAGUGAUAAUACAUCAGAACAGUCUAUUCUUAACUUUGAGCACCUUAAGACAGUGGAGAUCACGAACCGUACACCUUAUUAUUAUGAACGGGUGGUAUAUUUUGACACAAGGAUUGAUGAAGUUUUUAAGCUGUUCAGUGACUUGGGCAUACCUAGCAGUAAGAUCAGUAUCAACUACGAGAAACCUGAAGCAACGCAAUCUACCAAUAGUUUGCCAAUGCAGUUGAAUGAUGGAGGAUUUAGCACACCCAUAAAGAAAACAAGUGCUCCUCUCUUUUGUUCAAGUUUUACACCUGAAUGUGAAGAGAAUUGAAUGUGCAAGACAUGCAUACAGGUGGUCCAUCAUGAUUCAUGAAAGAUGCAUCUCUUGCAAGAACAGCCAUGGCUUACUAGUAGCACUAUUUUAUUUGAUGUUCAUCAAGACUUCAUGUAAUGGUUUCGAAAUUUUUAUUUGUCCGAGUGUUAAACAAGACUUCAUGUAAUCCAUCAGAAAUUUUUAUUUCAUCCAAGUGUUUGUCUUAGUUGUAAUGGAGCAAAUUUGAGCUUGCUUCUCUGUUAGUUGAGUUACUAAUGAAUUUUGCGUCAGCAGCAUUGCUGCAAUCUCUGUACUGCUGCCAAACGGUUUGCAAAAGUGAUAUCCUAGAUGAUGGAACCUAUCUAUCUUUAA